UUUGAUAUUUUAGUGUAUAUUAUUUUAAGAUAUAUCGAGAAACAUGCUAAAUUUAUCUCCUUUUUUUUAUCAUGAAGUACUUUACUUAAGAGAAUUACGUACAUAGCUUUAUCAACAUCCUGUUUGAUUAAGAAUAGGCUACAUUCAUUUCAAUAAUUUUUUAAAUAAUAACUUUAUAAAAAUUGUAACGCAUUGAAUAUUUUAUAUAUUCCAGUCACGCGUAGAGGCGAAUAACCUAAUUCCUAGCAAUUUUAUCUACUUAAAAGUACUUGACAAUAUUUUUAUUUUAUUGAAUUGCCUUCUAUCUUUGCAAUAUCAAAUGCGUUAUCGAAAUAUACGCUUUAAAAUGUUGUUUACUAAAAAUAAGUUUUCUUGUUUACUUUAGUGGAGUUUGAUCUAAUCUUGGAUGCGUUUUAAUCUUAGUAUACGUCGGGUCAGAAGGGAAAGUAAUAAAAUCCUUUGACUAUUCAGUUUAGGUGCAUCGAACUUGAUGUAUGUACGAGAUUGACUUGCAAAUUUCUUUAUAUAGAAUGUUCCAUUCCCAUUUUGACUAAGUCUGCUCUUUAGUAGUAAUUUGAUUACAGUUACUGUUAUUUUAGCGUAGGCAACUCUGGCUUGGAACAAAACAGUUCAUGUUAUUCAAAUAUCUUGUUUGAAACACCGUCGAGAACGUGUAGGGGUCCAAGGUUAGAACGGGCCCCUUUUUCCUAAAUAAAUAAAAUACGACACAUAGAAUAUAUUUGUUUUUAUUAAUAAAAACAGUUUUUAAAUUUUUUUGUUAGUAAAAAUAACAUUAUAAGUAUAGAAACCAUUGCGGGCCCGGGGAAAAUUUCCAGCUCCUCUGUCCUCGCGCGACGGCCUUGUUGAAACGUGCUGUACUUGGAACAUUUUUUUUUUAAUUAUUUAUAAAUCGUAUCGAGUUUAUAUAAUGCUGUAGUAAAUUACAUCUAAAUUGAAUUAAAAUAGAUAAAGUUGUCAUCUCGACUCACCUCCACUAUUCAAAGUCCUUAACAUUUAUUAUAAAUGUUAUCAGUGAUAAAGGUCGUGCCUGACGCACGUGAUUAUCUUAUAAACAACCAUUGCAACUGACAUAUUAAUAUAAAUUCACCCUUCUGUAUAUCAUUUUUAAUCCUUUUUAUACAUUUUACAAAAAUUGUAAGCUGCUUUUUAUGGUAGCGAUGAUAUUUUGCUAAGAAGUGCAAAUUCAAAUAGUCACAUCGGCGUAUACGUCGGUGGUUUGACAGCUUACCUACCCAUCGUGCAGUGCGUCAGUCCUUCGUCGAGCAAACUCCAGUGACCUGUAUUGAUGGUAAAUCGUGUAAGAGAGGAUGCGAUUGGCCAUUAUUUUAACGAUGUCAUUCGGUCGACUAAUAGUGUUUGGCGUAACUGAGACAACUUCCUUCCGAGUUAGGGUUGGUCGAUGCCUUCUUUUUGUUUAGAAACCGAAGAUGAAAUAGGCCAAUUAGGUAUUUGCGAUAUAAAUAGUCCGUCUCGAUUAAUAGGCAGCAUAUCUUGGUUAUCACAGAUGUCUUGUCCAAGACCAGUUGUAAUAUGCGGACCAUCAGGUAGUGGUAAAUCCACUCUGUUAAAAUACCUAAUGGAUGAAUAUGGUGAUUGCUUUGGUUUUAGUAUAUCACAUACAACCAGAAAACCAAGACCUGGUGAAAGUAAUGGAAGAGAAUAUCAUUUUGUUGAUCGUGAUGAAAUGGAAAGAUCUAUUAGUAAUGGUGACUUUAUUGAAUAUACAGAAUUUUCAGGAAAUUUAUAUGGCACAAGUAAGAAAUCUGUAAGAGAUAUUCAGAAUAAAGGAAAAAUAUGCAUAUUGGAUAUUGAAAUAGAUGGUGUAAGAAAUAUCAAGAAAACUGAUCUAAAACCAUAUUAUAUAUUUAUAAAGCCUCCAAGCUUGGAAAUUUUGGAAGGAAGAUUAAGAGGUAGAGGUACUGAAACAGAAGAAAAUGUUCAAAGACGUUUGGCAAGAGCAAGAGAAGAAUUGUCAUUUGGUGAACAGCCAGGCAACUUUGAUCUUGUAUUAGUUAAUGAUAAUGCAGAAGAAGCAUAUAAAAAUCUUAAGAAGUUUCUUUUGCGAGAAAUUGAAGAAGUGAAGAACAGAUCAGGCACAAAAGGCUCUCCUACGGCGUGGGUGAACCGGAAGGAGAAGCCCUCGGAUGCUCAGAGAUUACGUAAUGGCAUUACAUGUCGUGGGGCGCUACAUGCAGGUUCUCCUCGUGCGUAGUCUCUACCUUUCCUCUGGGGUAUUGCUAUUCGACAUCAACAUCAAGUGGAGUGAGUUUUGGGAUGUGGUACAGUUGUUAUUUUGCAAUUAUACUUCGUGAAAAGAUCUGUUCAAGAUUUCCAUUUUCUAUAUUUUCUAGAUGUUUAUGAAAUUGUUUAAUGUAUGUUUUUGAAUUUUUUUUGUACAAAUUAGCUAAAUGAAGCAUCUAAAAUUUUUAGUAUUUCUUUACAAUAGUAUUUUUUUUUUUUUUUUUUGUAAUGAUGUAGUAAUAAUAAUAAUUUUUCUGAUUGGGUAAACUUUGAACAAAUUGUGUGCACUUCGUGCUGAAUUUUGUGAAGCAUUUUCAUUUUUGUAUAAAAUUCAUGUCAAAUUGUGCACUAUUAUUUAUCUUCAUUUUAACAUUAUCAUAAUGCUAUCAUUUUCUUUUGUCUUUCAAUAUGUGUCAAUAUAUUAAAA